AUGGAGACCAGGAGUGAGGUGCCCAGGACCAGGAGUGAUGAGGAGGUGCCCAGGACCAGGAGUUAUGAGGAGGCGCCCAGGACCAGGAGUUAUGAGGAGGCGCGCAGGAUCCACAUCAGCUGCUUUAACCCGCAGUACAACGACUGGGCGCCGCACUACGAACAGCUGCUCUCUCCAUCACUCUGGUACCUGGACUUGCAGCUCCUCUCUCCAUCACUCUGGUACCUGGACUUGCAGCUGCUCUCUCCAUCACUCUGGUACCUGGACUUGCAGCUGCUCUCUCCCUCACUCUGGUACCUGGACUUGCAGCUGCUCUCUCCAUCACUCUGGUACCUGGACUUGCAGCUGCUCUCUCCCUCACUCUGGUACCUGGACUUGCAGCUGGAGAAGGAGCUGAGGUCUCUGGAGGCCGGUGGUCUGAGCACUCGUGAGGCGGAGGAGAACAUCCCACAGUACAUCCUGAACUCUCAGAGGAAAGACCAGGACCCAGAGAACCCAGACUUCAUCCCAGGGACGGAAGUCGGCAAAGAACUGGACUGCGAUCAUGUGACCUUUCUGGAUUUAAAAUAA